AUGUCAGGAGCAGGAAGUGGCGAUGCUACGCUUUUCGAAGAAAGCUUCACCGUGACGGAAUAUGAUCAGUCUAAAUACGACAGAGUCGCUCGCAUAUCCUGCACAUCUAGCGACUCCCAGACCGUCAUGACCCUGGACAUCAACAUUGAGCUAUUCCCAUGCUCUGUGUCCGAUACGCUACACGUUGUCCUCACCACCACGCUAUCACCAGACGGCACCAAGGAGGACGACAAGGGCUGGCGAGAUGUCGGCAAGGCUGGUGAUGCUCCGGCAACUCUUGCUGACCUCUACGACUAUGUCUGCUAUGGAAAGAUAUACAAGUUUGAGGAGACAUUUGAUGGCAAUACUAUAAACGCCUACGUCUCGUUCGGCGGAUUGCUCAUGCAACUGCAGGGUCCGGUUAAAAAGCUAACACCAUUGCGCGUCGACAACGUUUAUUUGUUAGUUAAGCGGUAAAAAGCAGCAGUUCGUCAAUAAGUAACAACAUCGAGGGAAUGGGAGGAAUACAUCAUUAUCAGGCAACUUUACUCAUAGAGGAAACACAAAAUUCGACGCUUUAAUGGAACGCAAAAGAGAUAAUAAGAGAUCAAAGAGAGAAAGGAGGAAUUCCCAACGUCAUACGUCUGUCUUUAUGCAAUAUGGGAGCAAGAGGAAAGAGAGAGAAAGAUAUUAGUCAACAACUAGCCUACGCUGCUUUAACCGACUGUUUGCUAUCGUGGCCGGGCCAAUCUUGCUGGUGCGGGCCGGGAAAAGGAAGGUCUCGGUGCAUCCUUGCCUUGAUGGCGGCCAAAUCAGGUUCAUUGGCCUCGGUCAGAAUGCCAUGGCGAAUGAAGAAGUCGAUCAUGACCAGCGCGCAAUUGGGCUUGAAUUUCCCGGCCCGCAGAUCCCUCUUAAUCUCGUCCACAUCACAUAGCAGAAAUUCUUCAACUUCGCCGUCUUUUGGACGAGGCACGACGUCGACAGGUAGCUUGAGAUCAUAGACCCACUGGCACUCGGGAUAAAUGUAGCCGUCCUCUCCAACGUGCUUUGCCUCAGUGAUGUAUAUGUAGGUGACGUUUCCAACCCAUUCAGCAGUGCCACGGACCAAAGGAUCGGGGAGGCUAGCCUCUUCAUCAGCCUCUCGGAUGAUGCAUUCAAAGGGAUCCUCGCCCGUCAUGAGACCACCAGCCACGGUGUUGUCCAGCAUGCCAGGGAAGGUUGACUUGUUGGAAGCUCGCUUUGGCACCCAGAUUUUGAUGCCAUGAGGAGCGGAUGGAUGCUCGAUAUAGGCAACCAUAUGUACUCCGUAUCGUGCAGUGCCAAAGAGGCCCAUGGCCGCCCGUUCCACACUG